AUGUACCACCGACUUAUACUGUUCGCAUUUCUGGGCGGAGUGCUCAGCUCUCCUACCGGAGAAGUUCAGGGUGACUCGAGAGGAGACGUCUCCUUCCUUUUGCCGAGUUCGCGUAUUGCAGGGGAUUCUCAAUUGACCGGUCUCCAGUUCAAUGUGACGACACCUGUACCUGCUACUCCUGGCCUUGACACACCUUGUGAGGAUUACCACAAACUCACUUCUUCAGCGGAUAAAUGUGAUUUCAUCCGGAAAGCUGAUGAUUGUCAGAAUUCAGAUGGUUUUGUCAACUAUCUCAAGGUGAUCUACUGCUCCUUCCCAGAUGUACGACCUCUUGGAUUUCUUUGCCUUGGGCUCUGGUUGAUCUAUCUCUUGAUUACCCUAGGAGUAACUGCAGAAGACUUCUUUUGUCCUAAUCUGGAUGUGAUGGCUAGGACACUGAAACUGAGUCAAAACAUCGCCAUAUCCUUGUCGAAAUAAUUCAUGAUAGAACUCGUUUUUCUUAAUGCAUCUUGGUGUCUUAUCAUGUACACAUGUACAUGUAGAUUAGACAGUAUAGAUAUUAAAAAUGUAUCUAGAGAUAACGUUUUAUAUCAGAUGUGUUGAUUUAAAGUUUAGAAAAUCUUUUCUUAAAAUAAUCUUGUUAGAUUUUUAGGAAAAAGCUCCAGUUUUGUGCUUGCUUUAGGUUUUAGUUCCUGUACUGAUACAUUAUUUUUUGAUUUAUCUGUACAGUAAAUAUAUUUCCAUUAUUCAUUCUUACAACGAAAAACACACAAAAAAUGUAAAUAAAAGAAGAGAAGAAAA